AUGAGGGGCCAGCUUUUCUUCGAUACUAUCGUCAGUAUCGCAGUGCCAACCCUGAGAGCUAAUCCAAUACUGUACACGCCCAAUUUAUGCGCAUUCAAACUUUCAGUCUGCGGCUUCGAUGUCAUAGAAUUGGAGUGCUCCGGUAAAUCCCUCGUGAUGUUCCAAAGCUACACGUUUUCGUACCAGGGCAGGAAAAAUGUGAAACAGUACCUAUACUGCUCGAAGAGGCUCUCGACGAAGUGUCCGGCACGGUUCAAGUUGGACAAAGAGGGCCGCGUAGUGUUCUCGAUGACCGACCACAACCACCCCCCGCCGCAGUUCGUUAAGAGCAAACACGGGAAAUACAUAAAAGUAUCC